UAAGACUUUGCCUUUUACUUCAAUUGCGUAGAGAUGGAAAACAAAUCUCGAGCAGUUUUUGUUGUGGUUCUACUUGCAGCCUUAUGUAUGACUGAUUUCGUAAAACCAAGUUUGGCCGAGGUGCAACAACCGCAACAAAUUUCGGGUUUUCCUAUUGAUCUGUCGAAAUGUUGGUCGACUCUCUUCAACAUUCCAGGUUGUUUGCUGCAAAUCUCGACGUCGAUUUUCUCAGGGCAGUUUGGGAGUAUCGGCAUCCCGUGUUGCAAAGAGUUUUUGGCAGUGAGUGAGAGCUGUUUGCCCCAAAUGUUCCCUGUAACGCCCUUCAUUGGUCCUCUUCUCAAAGACGGUUGCUCUCGGACUCUCAAUCCUCCAACAAAAGAGUAGAGUAGCUAUUGUAUUACCAUGCAUAAGUUUUAUCCUCAGAACAAAGUUCAUUUGUUCUAAAAUGUUGCCAUGCCUA